AUGAAAGAUCCUGCGUACGCCACUGGUCAUGUGUAUUUUGCACCUAAUGAUCAUGGCACACUCAAUUGUUCUCUAGCUUUUGAUAUAUUUGAUCAAGAAAAUAGGGGUAGGCCUUUUUAUUAUGUGCACACUGAGAGUGUGACAUUGCGUCAUUGGCGCGCGAAAUUUCUGCCUAAUGUCGCAGUGACAUGGCACUGGAUUUGGUAUGAGAUUAUGCACUCAAAGCUAUUUCAAGAACUUCUUCACAACCCCAAUGGGCAAGGGCCUAUGAAUGAACUUCAAGAAGCAAUGCCAAGGCUCAGCGAUGAAAUUAAGUUCUUUUCGAGCUAUUCUCACCAAAUAUGCAUAAGCAAUAGUGCAGGGGAAGUUCUAGUAAAUGUCUAUCAACUCCCUCAAAGAAAUGUACAUGUUAUAGUCAAUGGCGUUGAUGAGACAGAUUUUGAGUAUGACCCUAUAUCCAGAUCAAAUUUUCGUGAAAAAAUUGGGAUCCCAUCAAAUGUUACCUUGGUUUUAGGGGUUGCUGGGAGAGAGCUUGUUGAAUCCCCCGAUACACCCAUAUGCGGUGAAAUAUCCUUAAGGACAAAGCCACGGCAUGCCUCAAGCUAUGAAAAAUUCUGCUACGCUGUUCGUGAUCAAGCAUUUUCCUCAAGUGUAAAAGAAGUUCCUAUAAGUGUUCGCGAUGAAGAAAAGUCCCUACACGUGUUCGUGAUGAAGUAUUUUCCGUAA